GCUCAUCGUUCACCUUUGUUCUUUCUAAUGCCCCAAGUGAAGGAUCUCCAUAGGCAAGUCUGUGAAUAACAACAGACACAGGAGCAGCUGCCCACCACUGUGGUCAAAUGAUGGAGUGAGGGAGUGAAAGAGGAGAAGAGAACCGGAUUACAUUGUAUGAAAUAGCAAAGCUCAUAUUCUACAUAAAUUGAAUCCUGGGGGGAGGGGAGAGACAUGAGAGGAAUCUUUUUCAGUGCCAACUGCUUCAAGAGGUAUUGCAAUUAACCCUCUGGCCAUCAUAAAAUAAUACCUGGCUUCUGUUGUUUUCUGAUUGCUGGGUUUGGUUGUACCGUGUGGGUCUGUGCUCGGGCCGCGGCCAUGUUUCAACCCCCGGCUUAUACACCGAAUCGGACCAGCCGGAUUCUGGCGCUGCUGCUGCUUGUUCUUCUUCUUCUUCUGUACAGCUCCCUCAAGGCCGCUCAGGCUGCCAAAGCCAAAGGGCCGGGACACACACAUUUGAACUCCAUCCGCAUUGACGGGGAUAUUUCCCUAGGUGGGCUCUUCCCAGUACACGCUAGGGGCCACGAUGGCAAGCCAUGUGGGGAGCUGAAGAAGGAGAAGGGUAUAAACAGACUGGAGGCCAUGCUCUUUGCACUCGACCGCAUCAAUAAUGACCAUAAUUUGCUGCCCAACAUCACGCUAGGGGCGCGUAUCCUGGACACCUGUUCCAGGGACACUCACGCCUUGGAGCAGUCGCUCACCUUUGUGCAGGCCCUGAUCGAAAAGGACGGGACAGACGUCAAAUGUCUGGGUGGGGGAGCACCAAUCAUCACCAAACCUGAGAGGGUGGUGGGCGUCAUUGGAGCCUCCUCCAGCUCCGUCUCCAUCAUGGUGGCCAACAUACUGCGCCUGUUCAAGAUCCCCCAGGUGAGCUACGCCUCCACUGCUCCAGAGCUCAGUGACAACACCCGCUACGACUUCUUCUCACGUGUUGUGCCUCCAGACACCUACCAGGCCCAGGCCAUGGUGGACAUUGUCAAAUCCAUGCACUGGAACUAUGUCUCCACAGUGGCCUCAGAGGGGAACUACGGAGAAAGCGGCGUUGAUGCUUUCAUUCAGAAGUCUCGGGAGGACGGGGGUGUUUGUAUCUCCCAGUCUGUCAAGAUUCCCCGGGAGCCCAAGCAAGGAGAGUUUGACAAGGUCAUCCGACGACUCAGAGAGAACCCAAAUGCAAGAGUUGUCAUACUUUUUGCCAGCGAAGACGAUAUUAGGAGGCUACUCCAUGCAGCCAAAAAGGCCAACCAGACAGGUCAUUUUAUCUGGGUGGGUUCGGACAGCUGGGGCUCAAAGAUCUCUCCGGUUGUGCACCAGGAGGAGAUGGCAGAGGGAGCAGUCACCAUCUUGCCCAAGCGGCAGUCCAUCAAAGGGUUUGAUCGUUACUUCAUCAGCCGAACUCUGGAAAACAACAGAAGGAAUAUCUGGUUUGCUGAGUUCUGGGAGAACAACUUCAGCUGCAAACUCAGCCGUCACGCCGUGAAGAAAGGGUCCGGGCUGAAAAAGUGCACAAAUCAGGAGCGGAUAGGAAAGGACUCAAACUAUGAGCAGGAAGGAAAAGUGCAGUUUGUUAUUGAUGCCGUCUAUGCAAUGGCUCAUGCCCUGCACAAUAUGCACCAAGAGCUCUGCCCGGGGAAGGUGGGCCUCUGUGCUAAAAUGGAUUCCAUCAAUGGCACUCAUCUGCUCAAGCACAUCCGCCGUCUAAACUUUGCAGGCAUAGCUGGAAACCCAGUUCUCUUCAAUGAAAAUGGAGAUGCUCCUGGACGCUAUGAGAUCUACCAAUACCAGAUCAGAAACCGAACAGCCGAAUACAAAAUCAUUGGCCACUGGACGGAUCAGCUCCAUCUCAACGUUCGUACGAUGCAGUGGCCUGGUGGCAUCCGUAGAAUCCCUUCCUCAAUCUGCAGUCAUCCUUGUCAGGCCGGCGAGCGCAAGAAGAUCGUGAAGGGCAUCCCUUGCUGUUGGCACUGUGAGCGGUGCGAUGGCUAUCAGUACCAGGCAGACACCUACACGUGUAAGAUGUGUCGCUUUGAUUUGCGGCCCAACGUGAAUCACACGGGCUGCGUUCCAAUCCCGAUUGUUAAGCUGGAGUGGAGCUCUCCAUGGGCAGUCAUUCCUGUGCUUAUUGCAGUCGUUGGCAUCAUGGCCACUGUGUUUGUGGUGGUCACCUUUGUCCGCUACAACGACACUCCCAUAGUGAAAGCAUCAGGCCGAGAGCUGAGCUAUGUGCUGCUAACUGGCAUCUUCCUCUGUUAUGCCACAACAUUCCUGAUGAUUUCAACCCCUGAUGUAGGAAUUUGCUCCCUCCGGAGGAUCUUCUUGGGUCUGGGCAUGAGCAUUAGUUAUGCCGCCCUGCUCACCAAAACCAAUCGUAUUUACCGCAUCUUUGAGCAGGGCAGCAUGUCUGUCAGUGCACCCAGGUUAAUUUCUCCAGCCUCCCAGCUGGUCAUCACAUUCUCCCUGGCCUCAGUGCAGCUGCUCGGGGUGUGCAUCUGGUUUGGCGUGGAUCCCUCCAAGGCCAUUAUUGACUAUGAGGACCAGAGGACAUCUGACCCGGUGAUGGCGCGUGGUGUGCUCAAGUGUGACAUCUCUGAUCUGUCUCUCAUCUGCCUGCUGGGAUACAGCAUGCUGCUCAUGGUCACCUGUACAGUCUAUGCCAUUAAAACCAGAGGAGUGCCGGAGACCUUCAAUGAGGCCAAACCCAUUGGUUUUACCAUGUACACCACCUGCAUUAUUUGGCUAGCAUUCAUCCCCAUCUUCUUUGGCACUUCACAGUCCACGGAAAAGAUGUACAUUCAAACAACCACACUGACCAUCUCUGUGAGCCUGAGCGCCUCAGUGUCCCUUGGGUUGCUAUACAUGCCAAAGGUCUACGUGGUUCUUUUCCACCCCGAGCAGAAUGUGCCCAAGCGCACACGCAGCCUCAAGGCCGUGGUUACCGCUGCCACCAUGUCCAACAAAUUCAACCCCAAGGCCGGACUCAGACCCAACGGAGAAGCCAAGACCGAGCUGUGCGAAAGCCUCGAAACACAAACUUUCCCAACAAAGCAAACCUACAUCAGCUACAGCAACCAUGCAAUCUAAGGGACAAUGGUUGUUAUCAUAAUUCAGGAUUUUCCACCUAGAUGGAGAAAAACAUGCAGUGGGUUUUCACACAGCCGGCAUAAAAAAUGGAUGUGUCAUUGUACGGGUGGAGAUCACAGAAGCGUUGCCCAAAGACGUGACUUGGUGAGGAGAGACCACAGGGAUGGACUAAACAGGGGACCAGAACAGAUAACAGUACAAUUGUAAGGUUCCAUCUUCUCUCUGCCUCACAAGAAUACACAAAAAAAAAAGAAAAAUGAGAAAUACUUGCAUGGAAGAGGCCUGGAGACUGAUGGAUGGAGCUUUCCUUUUGAGUGUUUACAUUUCAGCUAUGCCCUCUUUCAAAGACUUGUCUGUCAUCUUGAGCAGUGCUGACUGAAACCGAACUUAAAUCAAGAAUAUGUUCAGAUGUUCUCAAUGUGGUAAUUGAUCUUAAACCCUCAAAGCAUCACAA